GGUCACGGUCGCCGCUCUGGCCAGCUCCCAGCAGCCGGCCACCAAAGGAGCGGGUCGUGCAGCGACGCGGCUCGAUCAGGCUCAGCCAUGGACCGGAAAGUGGCCCGAGAAUUCCGGCACAAGGUGGAUUUUCUGAUUGAAAAUGACGCGGAAAAGGACUAUCUCUAUGACGUGCUGCGGAUGUACCACCAGACCAUGGAUGUGGCUGUGCUUGUGGGGGACCUGAAGCUGGUAAUCAAUGAACCCAGCCGCCUGCCACUGUUUGAUGCCAUCCGGCCCCUGAUCCCGCUGAAGCACCAGGUGGAAUAUGACCAGCUGACCCCCCGGCGCUCCAGGAAGCUGAAGGAGGUGCGUCUGGACCGACUGCACCCAGAAGGCCUUGGACUCAGCGUGCGUGGUGGCCUUGAGUUUGGCUGUGGGCUCUUCAUCUCCCACCUUAUCAAAGGUGGCCAGGCAGACAGUGUUGGGCUCCAGGUAGGGGAUGAGAUCGUCCGGAUCAAUGGAUAUUCCAUCUCCUCCUGCACACAUGAGGAGGUCAUCAAUCUCAUCCGCACCAAGAAGACUGUGUCUAUCAAAGUGAGACACAUCGGCCUGAUCCCUGUGAAGAGUUCUCCUGAUGAGCCCCUCAAAUGGCAGUAUGUGGAUCAAUUUGUGUCGGAAUCUGGGGGUGGGCGGGGCAGCCUGGACUCCUCUGGGAGUCGGACAAGCAAGGAGAAGAAAGUCUUCAUCAGCCUGGUGGGCUCCCGGGGCCUUGGCUGCAGCAUUUCCAGUGGUCCCAUCCAAAAGCCCGGCAUCUUCAUCAGUCACGUGAAACCUGGCUCCCUGUCUGCGGAGGUGGGAUUGGAGACAGGUGACCAGAUUGUCGAAGUCAAUGGCAUCGACUUCUCCAACCUGGACCACAAGGAGGCUGUGAAUGUGCUGAAGAGUAGCCGCAGUCUGACCAUCUCCAUUGUAGCUGGAGCUGGUCGAGAGCUGUUCAUGACCGACCGGGAACGUUUGGAAGAGGUGCGGCAGCGUGAGCUGCAGCGGCAGGAGCUUCUGAUGCAGAAGCGGCUGGCCAUGGAGUCCAACAAGAUCCUCCAGGAGCAGCAGGAGAUGGAGCGGCAAAGGAGAAAGGAGAUUGCCCAGAAGGCAGCUGAGGAAAAUGAGAGAUAUCGGAAGGAGAUGGAGCAGAUCAUGGAGGAAGAAGAAAAGUUUAAGAAGCAGUGGGAAGAAGACUGGGGCUCAAAGGAUCAGCUCAUUUUGCCUAAAACCAUCACUGCGGAGGGGCACCCAGUUCCCCUUCGCAAGCCAAAGUAUGGUCAGGGAAUGGAGGCCGAGUUCCAGCCUGCAGACGACCUGGACAGAGGCACGAAGGAGCAGGGACAGCAGAAAGGAAAAGAUAAGAAGAAGGCCAAGUAUGACAGCCUGCAGGAGUUGAGAAAGAAUAAGAAGGAACUGGAGUUUGAGCAAAAGCUUUACAAAGAGAAAGAGGAAAUGCUGGAAAAGGAAAAACAACUAAAGAUCAACCGGUUGGCCCAGGAGGUGUCUGAGACUGAGCGGGAAGACCUUGAGGAAUCAGAAAAGAUUCAGUACUGGGUGGAAAGGCUCUGUCAGACGCGCCUCGAGCAGAUUUCCUCUGCCGAUAAUGAAAUUUCAGAGGUAACAGAGUCCUUCUUUCCACAGACACUCCCACUGUCUUCA